AUGAGUGAAAGUGAUAGUAAUAGUGAAAUGCAAAGUGGUAAAAAUAUUUAUACAAAUGCAACAAAUAUUCCAUCACUAUUAUCCGGUAUUACUGAUAGUGGCGUUAUCAGUAAUAAACGACGUGGUAAACAAUUCCGUCAACGACGUGACACGCAACAUGAACGAAAGGCACAUUCAACAAUACUUCAAACACGUAUUUUAAGUGGUAAAAAUAAAAUUUGA